AUGGCGGAAGAUACGCCAGAAGUAAACCCGAUGGCAGACAUGCGUCACGCCCGAGAAACCGUCUCAACUUUUCAAAAGCACAUCGAGCGACUUGAAGUAGACGAAACACGCCCGCGCAGUCCUGUACUUCUAGAACCAUGGGAGUCCAAAAUUAAGCGCCACAGGUCCAAUAAUUCAGACGGCAGUUCUUCGCGCAGAGGUAUAUCUUUAUCAUCAACAAGAUGGAACAAGAGUGUCGGAAAGGAGUGGGCUGAGUCCCGUUCCGGAGCUCUGUGGCAUGAAAUUUCCAACGCUCUCGAGGAUGUCGCAAAGCAAUUCAAGGGCGUCGACUCAACAGCACUAAAGGAAUUCGUCAGCACACGCCAGAUAUUAGAAUUAGGAACCGAAUUCGUGCGGAUCUACCGUUGCGGGAGUAAGGCACUCGCAGCCGUAGAGAAGCCACCGUAUGCAGCCGGCGCGCUGUUCUGGAGCCUGCAAGGAGUGAAGCAGGGCGACACGCGCGCAUCGCAAUGGACGCGUGCUAGUGCCGAGAGACAAAAGGAAUGGGACCUUUCUGGUCACCUCGCGCGUUUCGUACUCCUAGCUGAUGGUUACCGCCGACAAGCCGAUCGCGAGGAUUGGGAUACGUGGAACACGGAUUUUGCGACAAAUACGAGCCUCUAUUUGUGCAUCCUGCGCUGUUUCUUGAUAAGAGACAAGAAACAACGGGAGCUAGCGCAAGAGCGAGAGUUGGGACUCACCCAACAGCCGCAAGAGACUCAGGAUCGAGAUUCCGUGCCGCGAAAACGAAGUUCUCGUAGUAGUAGUAGCAGGUUUUCCCGAAGCAGCAGAGGAACAUCGAACUAA